AUGUCUGAGGACUGCUUGUAUAUGGGCAUAAUUCGUCCUGCAAACACUACACAAAAAAACCUUCCGGUGAUGGUCUUUCUGGAACAAGGAGGCUUUAACAACGGUGGAGUAGGCUACUAUUCAGCCUUCAACCAGACAUGGAUCGUUCAACGCUCUUCCGAUAUCGGAUUCCCCAUCCUCGGGGUAGCUGUUAAUUCUCGAAUCGGUCCAUGGGGCUUUAUGUAUAGUCAAGAGAUACAAGACUCACUCAACACGAACCUAGGACUACGAGACAUGCGUAAGGCGCUUGAGUGGAUUCAAGAAAACAUUGCUGCCUUUGGAGGAGAUCCCUCCCGCGUGACUCUUCAAGGACAAAGCACCGGAGCACAAUCUGUAGGUCUUCAGCUCCUUGCAUAUGGUGGAGACAACGCCAAUCUUUUCCAAGGCGCCAUCUCAGAAAGUGGUGCGCCCGUCUGGUUCGCGCCGACCGCAGAUGUAAAUCUAUGGCAGCCCACCUACGACGGUUUUGUGAAAGCAGCAGGCUGCAGCGCCGCAAAGGAUAAUCUCCAAUGUCUGCGGGAAGUAUCUAACACGACUCUCAUCGACAUCUUCAGCAACACGACACUCGACCCCUUUGGCUCCAAUGCGCCACGUGAAUUUAUGAUGGCUGUCGAUGGCGACUUCAUCCCAGAAGCGAACAGCGUCCUACUACAAUCAGGGAAAUUUGCGCGCGUUCCAUAUCUCAUUGGCACCAAUUUCGAUGAAGGCACGACCGUUGGCCCAAAGCCCGUUAAUAACGUGAGCGAUUUAAAUUCAUACCUCGCUAAGGAGAUGAUGACAAUCGAUAACGCAAGCCUGGCUACUAUCGGCUAUCUCUACCCAGAUAUCCCAGAAAUAGGCAUCCCAACCACUUACAAAGGUCGCCCUCCGUUUAGCGAUACGUACGGUCUUCAAUGGAAGCGCUCAUGUGCUGUUGGGACAGACAUCAUCAUGGACGCACCGACCCGUCUUACGACAUUAUCCAUGGCGGCAUAUAAUUCAACGGUAUACCGAUACCACUUCAAUAUUGUUCCAAAUGGAUACACUAAUCUUCAAGGCUCAACACAUGCGUCGGAGGUUCCUUUGACAUUCUAUAACCUUCCCGGUCUCGGUAGUACAGUUCCGCCACUUGGUGGACCGAAUGGUGACAAGCUAGUCAAAAUGGCUCAGAUCAUGAGUGCCAUGUGGAUUGGAUUCGCUUAUAGCGGAGACCCGAAUUACAUUAUUCAGAAGCUUGGUCCGGAUGUUCCUGUUUGGCCUCCUUAUACACUGCCUGAGCCGAGGAACUAUGUCUUUACAAUUAAUGAGACUCUGUAUACGGAGCCGGACACUUUUCGGGCUGAGGGUAUUAAUUGGCUUAUGGAUAUGAUGGUUGCUUCGAAAAACAAUAAUUGCACUAGCAUUGCAGCUUGUGGGGGUGCUUCAGAUGCUAUGAAUGGGGAAACGGGUGGCAUUUAUGGUUUCUAA